AUGUCCGCAAACCCAGACCCUCAGCAGACCGCGUAUGAAGAUUCAAGUCAGCUUCCAGUGGAUGUUGAUCCCAAUGUGGAGGAAGAUUACAAUGCAGACGAUUCGCAGUCCGACUUGACUUCCCUUCGAAGUAGCAUCACCGACUACUAUUUUGAGAACGGGCGCCGUUAUCAUGCAUUCCAUGCAGGAGCUUACUGGGGCCCGAACGACCAACAAGCGAUCGAUCAUAUGGAGAUAGCGCAUUACGUUUACAAUGUCAUUCUGCGAGGCCAGCUGUAUUUAGCACCGAUCCCGCAGAACCUGGAGGCCGUCUUGGAUGUUGGUACAGGAACCGGUAAUUGGGCCAUUGAGUUCGCCGACAUGCACCCAUCCGCUAGGGUCAUUGGUACCGAUCUCUCCCCGAUCCAACCCUCGUUCGUCCCACCCAAUCUCCAAUUUGAAGUCGACGACUGUUGCGACCCGUGGCUGUUCCGAAAGGACUACUUCGACUACGUACAUAUUCGUGGGCUGUACGGCUGCGUGGCGGACUGGGGUGCCUUCUACAAAGAAGCGUACAACCAUAUCAAACCAGGCGGGUAUAUCGAACAACUCGAGCAAUCCGUGGUACCAAAGUCCGACGACGGCACGACCGAUGGCACCAUCUUCGAGGAGUGGGGGAAGGUGUCGCUAUCAGCCGGUGAUGCAUUUGGAAAAACGUUGCGCAUCGUUGACGAAUCUCGCGACGGGCUGAUCGCCGCUGGUUUCGUGGACGUCGUUGAGAAGCGAUUCAAGGUUCCGUUCGGGCCUUGGGCUAAAGACCCCCAUCUGAAGUUGCUGGGAAAGUUGAAUCGCAUGCACACCCAGGAGGGGAUUGAGGGAUAUACGAUGAUGCUGUUCACCAAAUAUUUGGGUUGGACUCGCGAGGAAGUUGAGGCAUUCCUUACCCGCAUGCGUAAAGGACUGCAUGAUCCCAGUAUCCAUCCUUAUCAGGAGGUUACCGUGGUAUAUGGAAGGAAGCCGGAGACUCAAUCGAAUUGA